AUGGGCGAUGGCGUCCGGGCCCGGCAAAGGCUGACAUGGGGGUAUGCCGUGAUUGCCCUGGAGCUCCUUGUGCGAGAUCUGAAGGAGAAAUCUGUGGCCAUGAACGCAGAUUUGUUUCAGUCGCAGAUAUGUGCACCUUUGAAGACUCUGGAAUUGUGGGCAUCGCAAACACGAGCCACCUUUGGCAAGACGGCGACAGACCAUCCUGCCUUCGAAAGAGUGGUGUCAGCCUUGCAGACAAAAUCGGGUUUAUCGAAGAUAGUGACGUGCAUGAAGAACCAGAUCAAGCUUCAUGGAACCUCCAGCGAGUCCCCCGGCAUUCAAGAGUGUCAUGCCCUCUGGGUGGAAUUGAGAAAAUUGAAAGCGGGCGGGUCCGAAUCCCAGCCCCAAAAGCAGGAGGGAACUGGGAGCUCCAAGGACGACCCAGCGACAGCAGCCACUGCAAGUGGGCCAGCAGAUGAGCUUGGCGAAAUGAUGCUUGUGGACAUGGACGAUGGCAUGGCCGUGGCUGAGGAUCCCAUCGAGAUCUCAGCGAAAAAGCAUGCGGCGGAUGAGUCCGACCGCGUGCACAUUGUCUACGACCAGGACGACCUGGUCCGGAAGGUUGAUGCGAAGGCUCCAGCAUCGGGUCGAGUGGUCUUCUUGAUUGAUGCACCCACAAGCCAGAAAGGUGUGACAAACAGCUACAUCGACCUGGUGGCGAAGGUCGUGAUGAAGGCAAGCCUGACAAAGGCCUCAGUGGGCAUCAUCUGCGCCCAAAGGGCAGACCUGCUGUCCAGCAGUAUGGCGCGAGCAGUGUCCAUGCUGCCCGGGUUCUCGCCCUACGUGGUCCAGCUAACUGGAGGCGAGCGACAAGUGCAAAACAAGAAGGCCGGCUUCCUGCUGGUUUUGCACCACAAGGAGGACAAGACGGUUGCAGUGCCCACAUCCUUGCCUUUGUUGAGGUCUAGGGCGAAAGGCCUUGAAUGCACAAGGCUCCGAUGCAUGGCCUCGGAUUGUCCUUUGAGGUCGCAGGAUGAGUUGGCCACAGUCAACCCAGGUCCCGGGGCAGCGGUGUCUUGUGAAAUCCCAGAUGAGGACAAAGAGCUGGAGCAGUUCGACAUGAUGAUUGGCGAAGCCGGCAGCCUGGUCAAUGACGACGAGGAGGAGCCAGUCCCUGCGACCGAGCAGAAGAGGGACUACAUCAUCGAUUUGUUUCCGUUUACUCGGCCCAUGUCGUUUUAUGCCGGCGUCUUCACGCAGAUCCUCGGCCAGUGCAGUCUUGUGGUUGUGAUGACGUCGUCUGCCCAUCCAGGGCCAGUGCUGGCCGCUCGUGCACAGGCUUCAGACGUCAUUUGGCUCCUAGACAGGCCUCGCAAGCACAGCAUCGCACACGGCCGCGAGAUCAUGCUGAGGUUCUGGAAAUGCUCCUACGAAGGCACGGCACGAAAAAACUCCAAGAAGCGAGCCUUGAAAGCGGCCGAUUUGCAGAUGAUCGAGGGCCCGAAGCUGGCAUCGGAGAAGCAGACACUUGAGCUGCUGCAGGUUGAGCGUCGUGGCCCUGAUUAUGCCAAGGCUUUUUUGACCGUGGAUACCUGGCCUGGAGAACUGCGUAGCAUGGCUGUGACCCUUUGGGAGAAAGAGCUUCACAGCUUUGGCCUGGCGCUGCAGAACUUCGGUGAGCGAGGCCAGGGCUUGGUGACGAGGACUUCCAAGAGGGAGGCUGAGAAAAUCUGCGAUGCCACGGCCUUGCUUUUCACGAGCAAGGCUGCCCUCACCAAUUGCCUGCGAGCAUCUCCGAAUGAGUACUUUGCAGACUCGGUGGUGGUGAUCCGGAAUGUCUUGGUGAACGGGAACCCAACAGACAUGUUUGGUUCUCGGAAGGCUCCCAAUGCUGUGCUGGAGAUGCAGCUCGAUGGUGCGGAUUCCGACCUGUACAAGCUCGUCUUGCGAGCAAAUACUCGCACAGGCGCCGGCAUUGCGGCCAACCAAGAAAUUGUGCUGAACUAUGGAGUCCAGUACAACGUGGACAUGGGCAACCCGUUCAUGGACGAGCAGACAAAGAAGAAGUACAAGACCACUGCAACUGUCCUAGACCAGCUGCAACCAGGCGAUGAAAACUUGCUCAAGCAGAUGUCGGACCCGCCGUUGGAGAUAAAGCUUGAGGAGGGCAGGCUGGUGAUCACAACCCUUUCGGAGGCCAACCGGCGGCUAAAGCCGCUAACUAUUCUCUGUGAGUUCUUCAGGGGCAAGAUCACUCCGGAUGCAGUGCCGCCUGGAGUUCCGUCCUUUCCCUUUGCAAUCUCUCUCAAGAGCUUGAUCCUUGAUGCUGGAAGCAGCACCUUCAAGACCGUCGAGUCGCUCAUCAAGGAGAAGAGUCUGACACAGAUCUACAUGCAUGAGCCCUUUCCUCAAG